ACGACAACGAUGGUGGAGAAAGACGGCGAUCAUAUAAAUCAGAUUCGUUGAAAACCAUCGAUACAUGGGAUGGACAGGCGCGUGGAGAGACAACUGUAUCGGACGGCAUUGCGCAGACUGCGUUGUCGCGAAACCGUUCAAACCAGCAUCCCGGGGAAAAGGCGGAUCCGCCCGUGGAGUGGAUUCAAAGUGGAAACGGGGCUCCAUUGAAACUGACGUUCAACAAUUGGAUUAUAAAUGGAAGAGAAGAAUCGCGACCAUAGAUGCUGAUACACGCGCGAGGGUGGAUUUCAAAGGAAAAUGUGAUUCUAGGUCGCAAACGAAGAGUGACAAUAUAAACAGACGGCAAACAUCACGAGACGCGCGAUUACUCUCUUUGGAGGAGUUUACAGAUGGGCAAAAUUUGGUCUCAAGUGCACGACGCGUGCAAGAACGUCGUAAAGCUCGCUGCUAUGAGCGUCGACCAUGUUGUGAAGGAUGCACCUAA